ACUCAAAAAUCAAUCGUUGAUGAUCCUAGUGCAGACAAAGCUCUUCGAUUUCUUGCUGAACAUAGCGGUAAGUUUGAAGAGCUUACUCCAGCCGAGGAAAAAUGGGCCAUUAGGAAGACCGACUUGAUUCUACUCCCAACACUCUUCUUCACGGCUACCAUGGGUGCGGUUGACAAAGUGUCUCUCAGUACGGCCGCAAUCUUUGGAUUCAAAACCGAUAACAACCUGGUUGGACAGCAGUACUCCUGGCUGGGAUCUAUCGUAUUCAUAGGUUCUCUCGUCGGGAUGUGGCCGAUGUCUUAUCUAUUGCAGAGGUUCAGAAUCGGCAAGGUUAUUGCCUCCUGCUCGAUAAUCUGGUCUGCAUCCACGCUUUUAUUGUGUGCGUGCCAUGAGUUUAUUGGUCUUGCUACUCUUCGUUGCCUGAUGGGUCUUGUUGAGUGUGCGAUUGUUCCUGGUUGCUCGCUGAUGAUUGCUAGCUUUUAUCUGAAAUCUGAAUCUCCUCACCGCACGGCAUUCAUUUUCAUGUUUGCAUCGUCAGUGAUCAAUGGAGCUCUGUCUGCUCUUGCCACAACGUUUGGCAGCGCAAUACCUACUUGGAAGUAUAUCUACCUCCUGGUUGGUUCUAUUUCUUUCGUGUGGUCCUGCAUUAUCUUUUGGUUCUUGCCAGACUCUCCAAUCAACGCCAAAUUCUUGACCGAGCGCGAGAAGGUCUUUAUGGUUAAACGUGUUGCUGAAAAUGCUACCGGUGUUGAGAACAGCUCAUGGAAAUGGGAGCAAGUCAAGGAGGCGUUUUUAGACGUGCGAGUCUACUUGAUUAUGCUUUUCAACUUUGGUAUUAACAUUCCUAAUGGUGGACUGAGCACUUACAACUCUAUUAUCAUUAACAACCUUGGUUUUACUCCUGUCAAAUCUGCUCUUAUGGGUAUUCCUACUGGUGUCAUUGCUUCUCUCGCAACUUUCUUUUUCACCUGGCUCGGAGCUCGCUGGAAGAACAGGAGAUGCCUGGUUUCUGUUAUUUCUCUGAUUAUUCCACUUAUUGGGUCUAUCAUUCUCUACGCAGUUGACCAAAAAAAGGUUGGUCCUCAACUAUUAGGUCUCUACCUGAUGUACUUUUACUUUGCACCAUAUGUGGUGAUGAUGUCCUGCGUUCAAGCAAACACUUCUGGAAGCACCAAAAAAUCUGUCACAUAUGGCUUCAACUACCUUGGUUACUGUGGGGGGGCUAUUACGGGUACACAAACGUUCAGAAGCAACCAGGCACCCAAAUACACUGGUGGAUUCAUCUCGAUGAUUGUCGCCUACUGCGUGUGUAUCUUAUUGUCUGCUCUCUACUGGGGCACGUGUGUGAUCAUGAACCAUAACAAGAGAAAGGCUCUCGAGAAAAUUCCAGAGGACACGCUGGACGUGUCUAUCGAGGGGGUUGAGGAUGAGAAGAUGCUUGACUACACAGAUAGACAGCAGCGCCACUUUUUCUAUACUACUUAGUUUUAUCCAC